UAUUACAGGAAGCAUUUUUUAGUAUUAUUAGUGGCUCAGUUUUCUCACAUCAGUUUGACAUGAGAGAAACUUGAGAGUGAGUGCCAUUCUGGUUCAAUAACAUGAAGAAUGCUUGUGAUUCCUCUUUCUGAUGUGAACUUGACAUGAACAAGAGCAAAGCACUGUUUCAUUUUGAGCUGACUCUACCAAUCAAAACCUUCUUUUGAAGCUUUCUUUGAUCUCAUAAUCAUCAGUUUCUUCUGAACCUUCAAGAUGGAAAGAAGAGAAGAUUUUUCUUCCUUUAUUUUAGCUUUCUUCAUCAUCAUCAUCAUCUUCUUCUGUACUUCAAUUUCUGGUUUGCUUUCUCCGACAGGUGUCAACAUUGAAGUGCAAGCUCUUAUAGGAAUUAAGAGUUCUUUAAAGGAUCCCAACAAAGCCCUUCAUAACUGGGAUAUGAAUGAAGUAGAUCCUUGUAACUGGGCUUUGGUAUCCUGCUCUUCUGAUCGUUCGGUGACUACCCUGCAAUUUCCAAGCCAAAACUUUUCUGGUUUUCUUUACCCAGGCAUCAGCAACUUAACAAAUCUCAGGACUCUGAGCCUGCAAGGUAAUAAUAUAUCAGGACCAAUUCCUUUUGAGAUUGGGAUGCUACAAAAGCUUCAAACUCUUGAUAUUUCUCGGAAUUCCUUCACUGGUCAACUUCCAGAGAGUCUCUCCCACAUGAAGAGUCUCAAUUAUCUGAGGCUCAACAAUAAUAGUCUCACAGGACCAAUACCUUCCUCUUUGGCUAACAUGACACAGCUUGCUAUUCUGGAUCUUUCUUAUAAUAACUUGAGUGGACCUCUACCUACAAUAAAUGCAAAAACAUUCAAUAUUGCAGGAAAUCCCCAGAUUUGUGCCACUGGAACUGACCAACAUUGCUUCAGAACAACACAACUUUCAACCAAUUUUAAUAGCUCCCAAGGGUCACCACCCACAAAUAAACCAAAGAAUCGCAAACUUGCCCUGGCACUUGCUUUAACUGUAAGCUGCGUCUGCUUCCUAAUUCUAGUGUUUGGCUUCCUCUGGUGGAGGCAAAGAUCUAGCAAGCAAGUUUUCUUCGACAUUAAUGAACAAAUGCUAGAAGAUGUGCGGCUCGGAAACCUAAGAAAGUUCCACAUAAGAGAACUUGAGGUUGCCACGAACAAGUUCAGCAGCAAGAACUUGAUAGGCAAAGGAGGAUAUGGGAAUGUGUACAAAGGCUAUCUUCCAGAUGGUGGGGUCAUAGCAGUGAAAAGGCUUAGAGAUGGCAGUGCCAUUACAGGGGAGAUUCAGUUUCAGACUGAAGUGGAGAUGAUCUGCCUUGCUGUACAUCGCAACUUGCUUCGUCUCUAUGGUUACUGUGUCACUCCUACAGAGAGACUCUUGGUUUAUCCCUUCAAGUCCAAUGGUAGUGUUGCUUCACGUCUCAAAGUGAAGCCUGCUUUAGAGUGGAGCACAAGGAAGAGGAUAGCUUUAGGAGCGGCUAGAGGGUUAGUAUACCUACAUGAGCAGUGUGAUCCCAAGAUUAUUCAUAGGGAUGUGAAGGCUGCAAAUAUAUUGCUUGAUGAGUACUGUGAAGCUGUGGUUGGCGAUUUUGGGUUAGCAAAACUGCUAGAUCAUAGAGAUUCACAUGUCACUACAGCUGUUAGAGGCACUGUAGGCCAUAUAGCACCAGAGUACCUCUCAACAGGCCAGUCUUCUGAUAAAACUGAUGUCUUUGGCUUUGGGAUUCUUCUCCUUGAACUCAUCUCUGGCCGUACAGCUCUUGAGUUUGGAAAAGCAGCUAACCAGAAAGGAGCCAUGCUUGAUUGGGUGAAGAAAAUGCAUCAAGAGAAGAAGCUUGACUUGCUGAUUGACAAGGACCUCAGAAACAACUAUGACAGGAUUGAGCUUGAAGAAAUGGUUCGAAUAGCGCUCUUGUGCACCCAGUACCUUCCAGCUCAUAGACCCAAAAUGUCUGAAGUGGUUAGGAUGCUUGAAGGAGAUGGGCUUGCAGAGAAAUGGGAAGCUUCAAAGGGAUCUGAAUCAACAAGGAGCAGGGAAAAUGAGCUAUCUUCUUCAGAACGCUACUCUGAUCUCACUGACGACUCUACACUGCCUAAUCAGGCCAUGGAGCUUUCUGGCCCAAGGUGAUGCGCGCGCGCGUGUAUAUAUAUAAAUAUAUAAAGAUCAGAAUAAGGUAAGGAGUGAAACAGAGUUAUCACCUUGAAACAUGAGGCAUCAAACUAGAAGUCAUGUUUGAUAUGUGUUCAACACAACUUCAGUGAAACCUUAACAUUAUACAUGUUACUGUGUUUGUUGUACAGGAGCACCAUAUUAGCCCCUCAAAGUUGGCUAUCUAAAUAUUUCUCUGUAAAGUUUCAAAUGAGAAUAUAACGCUGACGCAUAGAUAUGCAUGUUGAGUUUUCUUGACUUUUCCUCUCGACCUAAGCUUCUAUCAGGGCUUUGAAUUUGAAAGAAUGUUGUUUAUGAAGCUUGCCUUAGAUUUGUAUUCAACUGUGAUUCAGAUCAUGAGUAAUUGCUUACAUUGUAAAUAAGUUUCUGAUUUUC